UCUACUACAACAACCAUUUCUUUUCACUCCAAAUAAUUAUUCUCCUCCUCUUAAUUGAUAUUGAUCUCCACGCAGAUGCAAUUUCCUUUAAACGCACCGACUUCAGAAAUUGGCCCGACAUCAUGUUCGACGGUGAUGCCAGUGCAAAUCCAGAUGGAGUUGGCCUCACGCUUAACUUGGAUAAAAUCAAGAGCGCCGGCAGAGCGGUAUUCGCUAAAGAGACAGGUUCCCCCGCGAACCUUAAAACCGGAAAUGGUCCGGUGGAAGACUUCGACACUAGCUUCUCUUUCACCAUCACUACAUUGUCAAAUGACUCUUAUCUUCGUGGAGACGGGUUUGCCUUCUUUCUAGCGAACACCGGUUCUCGUGUACCGCCGAGUUCUUGGGGUGGCUGUUUAGGGUUGAUUUCCAAUUGUGAGGAUACAGCGACAAGUGGCCUUGUUGCCGUGGAGUUCGACUCUUUCCAAAACGAUUUCGAUAGAACCUCCUGCCAUAUCGGAAUAAACGUAAACUCAAUUAUAUCGGUGAAGACCGUGACGUUGACGCGUGAAUGGACUCCUGUCUCCAGAGGUUUCGCGAGGAUUUGGUAUACUUCUCGGGCCAAAACCCUCUCUGUUAUGGUUGAUUACCAUAAUCAAACUUACAAGCUAUCUCAUCAUCCUCUAGAUCUAUCGAAAGUUUUGCCUAAAAGAAGUUUCGGCUUCUCAGCGUCGACUGGUCACUCCAUCUCGAUUCACCGUAUCCUUUCGUGGGAGUUUAACUCAACAGGCUUCUCAUUAAUCGCGGAAGAUGGUGCUGGACUCGAUAGAAAUCAAGUGGUGGCUUGUAUACUAGGUGGGCUGACUUUUCUAGUAUUUAUUGGUGUUGCUUUGUUCUAUGCCUUCCGUCGUAGAGACGGCAAUGCUUUUAUCUGUAAUGUCUUUCAGAAGAGAAAUGGAGAGACGGAGAGUACUACAGCUUUGGAUGAUGUGUCGAAUAUGGAUCGUGAAUUUGAGCAUGAUAUAGGGCCUAAGAAGUUCUCUUAUAAGGAAUUGGUUAAGGCCACAAAUAAGUUUGCGGAACAAGGUAUACUUGGUGGAGGAGGAUUUGGGGAAGUUUACAAAGGCUACUUGAGGCACUUGAAUCUAACUGUGGCAGUUAAAAGAGUUUCUAAACGGUCCAAACAAGGAAGAAAAGAGUAUAUGUCCGAGGUCAAAAUAAUUAGUAGACUCAGACACAAAAACUUGGUGCAACUAAUUGGUUGGUGUCAUGAUAACAAAGAGUUCCUUCUUAUCUAUGAGUUCCUCUCAAAUGGUAGCCUUGAUUCUCACUUGUUUGGAAGAGAAAGAAGCAUUCUUUCAUGGAAAGUGAGGCAUAAAAUAGUCCUUGGUCUUGCGUCUGCACUUCUCUACUUGCAUGAAGAAUCGGAACAAUGUGUUCUUCACCGUGAUAUCAAAUCGAGUAACAUAAUGUUGGAUUCAGAUUUCAAUGCCAAGCUCGGCGAUUUCGGCUUAGCAAGGCUAGUGGAUGAAGCCACUGGUUCGCGGACAACAGCGUUGGCAGGAACAUUGGGCUACAUGGCACCGGAGUACAUAAACACGAGCAAAGCGAGCAAGGCCUCUGACGUGUUCAGCUUCGGGGUGGUGGCGUUAGAAAUAGCAUGCGGAAGAAAAUCGAUAGAACAUGAUUCCGAGGAGGAGGAUAGGGUUUCUCUUGUUUCUUGGGUUUGGGACUUUUACGGAAGUGGAAGGCUUCUUGAUGUGGUUGAUGAGAGACUAUGCUUGGAAUUUGACGUGCGACAGAUGGAGUGUUUGCUGACCGUUGGAUUGUGGUGCGUUCAUCCGGAUCAUAAUCUAAGACCGUCCAUAAAGGAUGUCAUACAAGUUCUCAGUUUUGAAGCGCCAUUGCCAGAUCUUCCAAGAAACAUGCCUGUUCCCAACUAUCAUGUACCUGACUCUGAAAUACUUCAUUCCUCUACUAGUGCGGCCACCAUAACUGAUUCAUCAUUUUUCACAGGCCGUUAAGACAAGUACUACCUCCUUCGUCCUUUGUAGGCUGUAGCCUUAAAAUUUCUUUGUCGUUUUUCCUUUUUUUUUGGUUUAAUUUAUUGUACUUUAUCC